ACACGAGUCAUGCGAUGAUUCUCUUCCGGGUCAAGCUUGUGGAUGGAUCGCUGGGUCAAGUUGGUCGUGUGAUAAGAUACAUACAUCAAAAAUCCACCAAUAUUUGAUUCAUCGUACCAGUUCUGAAAGCUCUUUAAUCUGUGAUGUAAUUCAUUGUGCGAAAGUGUGUUCCUUUUUUUCGCGAGAAACUGGUAUUUUGGUGGACGCAUCGUCUAGCUGUGUGUGGAAGCCGUGUCUUGGGGUCUUUUUGUGGGUUGCAGGCCUUUUAAAUGGACCAUCAGGGAAAUGUCGAGGAAUAAUAGUUAUUACAGUUGAAACAAUGUCACGUCCGCGUUCGAGAUCUCCCUUGUAUUCAAGAAUCCCAACUCUUCAUGGAAGGAGAGGCGAAGGGUUAUUCGAUAACCAGAUACAUUCAUCGGUACAGUCUGAUGCGUGGAGAAACCCUGAAUAUGGAAACAAAGCAGAAAAUAGCACACACUGGAACAAAGAUUCCUAUCAAGGAGAACAAAAAAAUGUCGACCACUGGGCCAGUUUUAUUGAUGCGAUAGAGCAUGCUCAAAAAAGAGGGGCUUCACCUAUGACCAGAUACAACAUGGAGGGAGAUGAAGAAAGGCCGCCCCAUUCUCCAAGGAGACUUCCUAGGGAAAGGCUGCCUUCCCCUGAUCACACACAUUUUGGUGGUGAAGAGCGUUACAAGAUGCCAACAUCAGGCUGGAACAGGAUUGAAGGUGUUGAUAAGGAGCUCAGUUCACAGCACAACCACAGAGAAUCGAGGGACAGGUCUCAUCCAAGACAUCCAGAAGGAAGAAAACACGACAGGAUGGAUUAUGGAUAUCAUAAUGAAGAAUAUGGCAAUCAAUAUCAAGAAAGAGGCUCCUUUGCAGAGAGGUCAUCAAAGUCAGAUUAUAGGGAGCAUCGCCCUCCUUCUGAAGGAAGGAUGGAAUUUGGUCGGAAAGAUGAGUUUGUUGAGCAUCACAGGGGCCUCAGCCCACGUCGUGCACCUGUCAUUGUUGAACACGAUCAUGGAAUCGCAAAACGAGAUUCAAGGAACCACGAUCCCCCGAAAAUGAGUGGGAAUCUUAGGAGCAGAGAUCCACCCAGGACAAGUGAAACCCAGAGGAAUCGAGAUCGAGAUAGAAGAGACCAAGGCUAUCAUUCGCAUAGUUUACAAGACAGACAUGGCGGGCGACCAAAUAGUAACCCCCGAGAGGAAUCAAGAAAGAACUACUCUUCUUAUGGAAGAGAAACUCAAGGAAGAGAGCGCUCAAGACACAUGGAUCAGUCUAGAAUGGAGACACAUCCAAGAGACUCAGAAGCACGGAGGGAAAUGGAUUUGAGGGAUGUGAGUGAUGUUGACUUGAGGAACACCGAUAGAGACUCUAUCCAUGAUUGGGAGGAAGAGAGAUCACAAAGGAAUCAUGGGAGGAUGAUGGGACAAGGGGUGGUUCGCCAAAGAGCUCAGUAUCACAGGAAGCCAAACACUGAUGUUGGUCCUGCGCCUAGAAUGGAUUUCGGUGAACAGGAGACCCUCAAGAUCAAGGUGGACAUGAGUCGCCCCGUCCGGCAAACCAGUCAUUUAGGAUAUUCUUCAGAUAGGCAGUUAUCACUGGACUUAGUCAAUGUGGGUCGACAGCGCCUUGACUUCCUUCCCAUGCUGGAGCAUUCUGGGACUUACAGGGAAUCAGCAGUGCAUUCUGGGACAUUUGCCCAGGAGAUCAUCACCCUUGUGCAUCAAGUUAAAGAAAAUUACUUUAGGGGCCAAGGCAUCACACUUAAUGAACGAUUUGCAAAUGAACAGUAUUAUUCACUCCAAGAUGAGUUUAAGGAGGAAGAAGAAGAGGAGGAGGACAUGGGAAACGUGAGACCAGUCAUGAAUAGACAACACGGAAUGCCUUCAUCAGAAACUCAGAUCUUCUGCAAAAUAGGGCCAGAUCCACUACAGAGACGACAGCUUGUCCCAGACCCUGGUGACCUCAGGUAUGACCUGGAGCGAAGAAGACAACAGCGACUGGAGGGUGUGAAGAUCACCAUUGCUGGGGGAAACUUUGCUCCAAUGGUUCCUGAAGGGCAAGAGAGUGAUCCUCCCUAUAUGAGUGACGAUCCUGAAGAAAUGGAUGAGAACCUUAGGUGGUUGGAACAAGACCGUGAGCAUCAAAGGCAGUGGGAUGGUCCCCGUCAAAGAAUGCCGGUACCUAACAAACAGAACUUCAGUCAGAGGGGGGAUUUCAGUCGCAAUAGCAGACCACGGGGACGCAGGACUUGAAAUACUGGUGGCAGUGUAUGAGGAGAAAGUCAACCAUUCAAAUCUUCGGUCACCUGUCCACAACAGUGUUUUUUGUUGUUUCUGUUUUGAUGUUAGAAUUCAAGGUCCACUGCUUCUUCACUUUGGUGAAUCAUUUUCAUCCAUCUUUGAUCCAACCAUUGCCAUUAGUUUGAUUUAAGGAAACACCUUUUUUUUAUUUGAAGAAGUAUAGUAAACCUCAUUGAGCAAGUUAAAGUGAUAAAGAUUGAGUAGCACCUUCCCCUGCUGUCAUCCUGAAAUAUUGCUUUUCUUCACUGUCAGUUUUUGAUUUGAUAAUCCAUAAUAUUUAGGCACAGAUUACAAUUCAUACUAAAUUUUGUAUUUAAAUUGCAAUUUCAUAGCAGUAUACAACACAUGGUUAGUUUUGCUUUUAUACUAAAAUACACUUUUUGUCGUACCUAUGUAUCUGACAAAAAAAAAAAACAUAUUUGCUGUGUCCUGUGUAAACUCAAAGUAGAAAUUGUUCUGUUAAUAAAUAAUAAGUGGUUUCAAAUGAA